AAGAGUUGUGUCCAGACUGGGACGUCCCACUGGAAAUGUCUUCUGAGUGAACUGGUGAGGCAGUUAGAUCUUCCCGGGGCCCUGCACACGGCUGACUUCUCUCCAAGCGUCCUUGCUCUGCAAAGCUGAAGUCUUUGAAGAUGAGGGUGUGGAUCGUCUUCCUCCUGUGCCUGGCUGGCCACGCCAUCGCUGCUCCUGCUGAGGAGGAGCCAGUUGUGGAGGAGCUGGUUACUGAAGAGCCAGUUGUUGAGGAAACAGAGGUGGGAACCAACCCAGUGCAGGUGGAGGUUGGAGAGUUUGAUGAAGCCAUCGAGAUUGAAGAUGUUGUUGAGAAUCCUUGCCUGAACUACCACUGCAAGAAGGGCAAAGUGUGUGAGGUUGAUGACAGCAACACCCCCAUGUGUGUGUGCCAGGACCCCUCCACCUGCCCUGCUGCCGAAGGAGAGUUUGAGCAUGUCUGCGGCACUGACAACAAGACCUUUGAUUCCUCCUGCCACUUCUUUGCCACCAAGUGCGCUCUGGAGGGAACCAAGAAGGGCCACAAGCUGCACCUGGACUACAUUGGACCCUGCAAAUACAUCGAGCCCUGCCUGGACAACGAGCUGAGCGAGUUCCCUCUCCGCAUGAGGGACUGGCUGAAGAACGUUCUGGUGACUCUGUACGAACGCGACGAGGACAACAACAUGCUGACCGAGAAGCAGAAGCUUAGGGUGAAGAAGAUCUUUGAGAACGAGAAGAGGCUGCAGGCUGGUGAGCACUCUCUGGACCUCCUGGCCCGCGACUUCGAGAAGAACUACAACAUGUACAUCUUCCCCGUCCACUGGCAGUUCGGCCAGCUUGACCAGCACCCCGUCGAUGGAUACCUGACCCACUCAGAGCUCGCCCCCCUGCGUGCUCCCCUCAUUCCCAUGGAGCAUUGCACCACUCGCUUCUUCGAGACUUGUGAUGCCGACGGCGACAAAUACAUCGCCCUGGAGGAGUGGGCUUCCUGCUUUGGCAUCAAAGAGCAGGAUGUGGACAAAGACUUCAUCAUCUAAGUUCCUCUGAUGGGCAGCAACAGUUUGAGAGAAACUUCUAGUCGCUACUAACCGGACAAGGUGUUGAUGAUCCAUAAGUUAAUAAAGAGAAUACAAUUAAGGUGCUAACUGCAAGUUUUGUGUUACUUUCUUAUUAUUAAUUAUCUUUUCCAGCUAUACCACUAAAAAAAAACCUUCCAAAACUAUAAAAGUUCAUAGUCUGCAAUAACAUCAUGUGUUUGUGAACAUUUCAAUUCUUUUGUUUGUUUUUUAACAAAAACCCAAUAACGUAAAACUAAAGACCUCCGAUGUAAAUUUACAUUGAUAUUUUAUAUGCUGUCUGUUCCAUGAUGUGUUCAGGGCUUUUUUUUAUUUGGGACCAGUUGAGACCAGAAGAAUGAAACUGUUAAGUCAAAAAUAAAGUUUCUAAAUAAAUGCUCCCUCUGCUUGCUUCCUACUAAACUUACUUUUCAGUUUUUGCACUUUUUGGUGGUGGACUCCUUCAUUUUUACUGUCAUUUUGUGUAUUUUUUUUAGCAGUUUGACUACUGGUUGCAAAGUUGUAAUUUUUUUUAUCAAUUUCCAGACAAAUCUGUGCUCUUAAAAGCAGUGCGUGUGUGUGCUUAUAUUUGAAAAUAAGUUUUAAAAAAUGAUUUGCUAAUGAGGGGGGAACCUCGCAGGCUGAGAGUUUUUCUCACCAUGUUUUUUUUUUUUUUUUGUGACCUAAAGAGCUCGGUCUAGUUCGUUUCCUGAAUAAAUGUCUUCAAAAACA